AUGUCAACGGCCACCAACUCGCCCAAGGGCAAAAACUCCACCGCCCCCUCUGCAACCACCACCACAAACAACAACACCCCAUCUACAGGAAAUGGCUCUAAUGCAGCCGACACCACUUCCGGCAAAGCCAACACCCAGGCCGCCACGGCCGAUGACAUCAAAUACAAGCGCAAGUACAAGGACUUGAAGAAACGGAUAAGAGACAUUGAAGAUGACAAUGAUGUACUCAACAUUAAAUUGAGCCGUGCCCGAAAGAACAUUCACCGCCUGAGAGUUGAGCGAAGGAACGCCGUUCGAUCCAGAACACCACCCUCGCGUGGAUCAUCCGUCGCCGGAUCAAUCCACCACAGCGCUUCGUCCUCCCUCGGAGGCAAUCUAGACCCAUCCCAGUCUGUGCAUCUCUCGCCUCCGGGAAAGAAGGCGGUCAAGAAAAGACGUAAGGAUCCCCUUGCUCCCAAGCGUCCCUCCAAUGCCUUCUUCAUCUUUUCACAGCAGCAUCGGCAGCAGGCGAGGGAGGAGAAAAAGGAAGGAAACCAGAGCGAACUCACCAAAUUCUUGGGACUGCAAUGGAAGUCAAUGCCCACAACCGAGAAAAAGAUUUACUCUGAGUUGGCAAUUCAGGAUAGACAGCGUUACCUGGAUGAAAUGUCGCAAUACCAACACGAGAACAAACCUGCACAAAAUGGACCGGAUGACAGUACACCGACCAAGAAGAAGCCUGGCAAGCCAGGACGACCACCUAAGGCGGCCAAGGCAAUGACGACUUUAGCAUCUGCAACGACCAAAGCAACGUCAGGAACGAAUGGCCCUUCGGCCAAGAGCAAGAUGGGUAUUCAGGCGAUGGUGAAUGAUGACCAGGAAGGCGACGACUUGACUUCGCCCGAUGAGGAAGACGAUGUCCGCAUGGAUGGCUCCGAGGAGGAUCACGAGGAUGAGGAUGAUGAUGACGAUGAGGACGAAGAGCUCGAGCAUGAUAACGAGCCUGAGCAUGAACAAGAAGAGGAUGAAGAAGAAGAGGAGGAAGGUGAAUCUCAUGAUGAGUUAGAGAAUAGACAUGAAGGCAAGACCAAUGGCCAUCAUGUCGCCACCAAUGGAGCAGGCCACGCGCAUGUGGAUGGAGGAUAUGGCGAUGAUGUGGAUAUGGUUGAUGCUCAUCGAGCCCACCCUGGUGCUUCACACAGCCUCGUCGUCAGCGCCUAA